AUGCAAUUAGGUGCAACCAGUGCUACUGUCUUCUCACCAGGGUUGGAUGGGCAUUUUGGUAUGGCAUGGACAGAAGGGCAGGUGGUGGAGCAAUGGACCUAUUCUAGGGAGGACUCAUCUAGUCUUUCAGUGGAAGAGGAGCUGCUGGAGGUUAGGAAAAGGCUAGAAGAUGGUUUACAUGGGCAAUGGCAGCAGGUGGAAAUCUGCUUCUCCAAUAGAAGGCUGGCUCAGAAUUUGGCAAAAAGAGAGUAUUUUGAUAAUGCAUUAUGUAUUGUAGCAGCUGAUAUUUUUGAACUAUGUAAUAACUUUAGGACUGUUCACUUUGCUUAUUUGUAA